AUGACACUGCCUGAUGGAGUGAUCGCCAUAUCCAACGCUGAUCUUUCACCAAUUUCAGAGGCAUACAGAGAGCACUACACAUUGAUUGCAAUCACUUCCACAGACCCAAAGCACGAUUGUGACUCGUGUAGGGAUCUUAAGAAGAUGUUUGGUAGCGUUUCGAAAGCAUGGUUUCAUGAUUACAUGUGGUCCCACUACCUUUACUUUGCAACGAUAGAUCUCGCAGAUAAGUCCAACAAACCAGUGUUUGACUUUCUUAAGUUGAAGACAGUACCACAGGUAUGGUUAGUGCCUCCUUCUUCUGUGGUGGCUGCUCAUAGCACAAAAGAAAGGGAAUUGGAUGAGGAUGGAAAUCCUAUCUUUGGCAAGUAUGACAUGCUUCUUGAGCCACACGCUUCGUUUGAUAUCCCAGACGCAGACAUCAAAACACAGACGUUUCAACUUGCUGAUUGGCUUGCUCGUGCUAUUCAGAAAAAGAUCUUCCUCAGGCAGGAUAAUCCAAAGUUGAAGUUUGCUGCUACGUUCGCUAUCACUUUUAGUGGUAUUCUUUACAUCAAGAAGCGUGGACCUGCUAUCGUGACAGGCUCGAUAAACAAAGGAUUAAUCUACAAAGUGCUUACAAUUACCACGCUUCUUGCCAUCUUGGGAGGCUACUCAUUCACCACCAUCCAGGGCAUUGCCUUUUUGGCCAAGGAUGCUCACGGUAAAGUCAUGUACAUCAGUGGAAGUCUCCACUACCAAUUUGGUGACGAAAUUGUCCUUGUGGCCACACACUACUUCUUCUUGGGCGCUACACUCGUUUAUAUGCUUUAUUUGGGCAAGUACCAGGUUGGUCCAGGCAAAGUGAUUGCAUCUGAACAAGCAAGGUUGGUUCUCACUGUCGUGAGCGCCACCGCCUUGUACUUACUUUACAGUUCCCUUACAAGCAUGGUGCUUGAAGACGCCAAUGGAGCUGUAAAGAAGCCAAAAUUCAUCACUGAAUUUUUUGCUCAAGCCACCAAGAAACCGGUGAAAGCGAAGCCAAUGGUGAAAUCAGCUCUGAAGCCAACCGUGAAGCUGUCAGAUACAGCAGUAACUGAGACCAAAGAAGUGGUUACGGAAACUGUCAUUGACUCCAAAGACGUUAAGGAUCUAUCUGAAGAACUUAAACAAGAACCUUCUUCGAAUGGCGUACCUGUGGAUGAGAAGGUAGACGGAUCGCAGUCGGAGUAUGCCGAGUUCCUUGAAGAAGUAGGAUUCAACAAGGAAGAAUGGGUCAGUUCGCUUACUGAAGAACAAAAACAACUACUUGACCUUGAGAUUAGGACAUUACAUAUCACUUGGCUUGCGUACCUCCAUAAAGAACUCACAAAGCCAUACUUCGUUAAGCUCAAGCAGUACUUGCAAGUGCAGAUGGGCAGCAAGACGGUGUUCCCACCACCAAAGAGCAUUUACUCAUGGUCCCAUUUGACACCAUUGCCUGACGUCAAGUGUCUCGUUUUGGGACAAGAUCCAUACCAUAACUUUAACCAGGCGCAUGGCCUUGCAUUCCUGGUCUUGGAGCCUACGAGACCACCACCAUCGCUUUUGAAUAUCUAUAAAACACUUAAAAUCGACUUCCCAUCUUUCCAAAUUCCCGACUAUAAGGAAUUGAGUAAACAGGGAAGACCAGGCGGUGGAGACUUGACGAAAUGGGCCAAAAGAGGUGUAUUGAUGCUCAAUGCGUGUUUGACAGUGGAAGCCCAUAAAGCUAACAGCCAUGCUAACCGAGGCUGGGAACAGUUUACAGAAGAGGUCAUCAGAGUAGCUAUCAACUAUGCUAAGAAAGACCGGGCCAAGGGAUUUGUGAUCAUGGCGUGGGGAUCGCCAGCACAAAAGAGAGUUGCCAAUUUCGGCACGCUCUUGAAUUCUCCAGAAGUGCCAUUCUUGGUGCUUAAAACAGUACACCCGUCGCCAUUAUCAGCCUCCAGAGGCUUCUUCGACCUGAAAGUAUUCAAGAAAUGUAACGAAUGGCUUCUGGAAAACCUGCUCAAUCCUAUUGACUGGGGUCUACUCGACGGCAAUUCGGUUACACAAUAA